CUAAAAUAAAUGAAAGCAGCUUAAGUUUUCCACGAAACUUAAAAUUAGCGGAUCCGAAUUAUCAUAUUCCCGGAAACAUAGACUUGUUGUUGGGAGCAUCCGUUUUUUGGGAGCUUUUAGGAAGCAAGCAAAUCAGAUCAUCAAGGAAGGCUCCUAUAGUUCAAGAAACCUCCUUGGGUUGGAUAAUUUCGGGCAACGUGCACCAAAGUGGCACGCAUCAACAACAACACAAGGCAUAUUGUGGCAUCUCUACCAACGCAGAAAUUCAACGGCAACUGGAAAAAUUUUGGCAUAUGGAAGAAAUAAAACAACCUAAGCAUUAUUCUCAAGAAGAAAUCCAGGAACACUUUCUCGCAACACACUCUAGGAACGCGGAAGGCCGUUUCCGACUAAAGGCACUGGAACGCAAGUUAGAAAAGCAGCCCGCUUUAAAACAGCAAUACCACGAGUUUAUGCACGAAUACCUCGAGCUAAACCACAUGUCGGAAGUUCCAGUAGACAAAAUAGAUGACAAACCGGUCUACUACAUUCCGCAUCAUGCAGUACUAAAAGAGGACGGCAUAACUACAAAAUUAAGAGUAGUUUUCGACGCUUCAUGCAAAACAACUUCUGGCCAAUCACUUAAUGACUUUCUCCAGACAGGUCCAAACUUGCAAGAUGACUUAUCCGACAUAAUUAUACGACUGCGUCAGCACGAGUAUGCAUUGGCAGCAGACAUUAAAAUGUAUCGCCAAGUCGAGGUGGCGGAUGAACAUCCUGAAUACGGCUACUACUAUAAUACAGUCACGUACGGCAUGACAAACUCAUCAUUCGAAGCCAUUAGAAGUAUGCAAGAGACAGCGCAUCAAGCCAAAAAGCACUACCCUCGGGCGUGUGAAGUAAUAAUCAAAGAUUUUUACGUAGACGACCUAUUAACGGGAGCCAAUUCAAUUGAAGAGCUGAAAAAAUUGAAACAUGAUAUCGUUAACGUACUGUCCAGCGCAAAAUUUGAACUCAGCAAGUGGAAAUCCAACACUGCAAAGAUAAGCGAAUCAGACAACAAUGAAGUUGCAGUUAGGAUCGGAGAAACAACAAAAAUCCUAGGCCUAUGGUGGAACACAAAUACGGACACAUUUCACUAUCGCGUCAAGGGAGGAAAUGAUAAGGAAAGGAUUACGAAACGCAAUAUAUUGUCAAGAAUAGCCGCUAUUUACGACCUCCUCGGAUGGAUGGGCCUUUUAGUAGUUCGCGCUAAAAUAAUAUUGCAGCUUCUUUGGCAGAUGAACAAGGAUUGGGAUGAAAACAUUACGGGAGAGACAUGCGCAAUUGAAGCAAACAAAUGGCACACAUUUGUGGCCAAUAGAGUAGCCGAAAUAAAUCGCAUCACGAACGGUGCUCCAUGGUAUCAUGUCAAAUCCAAGGACAAUCCAGCCGAUCCAUUAUCGCGAGGAGUUAGCGCUGAAAAAAUGGAAUCAAUGAAACUUUGGUGGGAAGGACCUGAUUUCCUACAUCAUAACUCACCACUAUAUGCCUUCAAGCCUACAAAUACUAUCAGCGACAUGCCUGAAGCACGG